AUGAGCUCCUCAUUAGGCAUACCACCCACCACUUCAAAAUCCGAUGUCGUGUCUCUAGGCUCACAUUCCCUAUGUCUUUAUACCGCGGGCCCAGCUAGUCCCCCCGGGUCUCGCUCACCAACAGUAGUCAUCAUCCAGGGCCUGGCAUGCAGCCGCCUUGGCUGGGCUGCCGUGAUCCGCCAGCUAUCGUCCUUUAUCCGGGUGUGCUCGUAUGAUCGAGCCGGCUAUGGCUUCUCUGACGCCUCCCCGCUUCCCCCCACAGCCGAGAACAUCGCCGCCGAGCUGAAUCUCCUGCUCCAGAACGCCGGGGUGGGCGGGCCGUGGAUUCUGGUUGCUCAUUCAUGGGGCGGGAUCCUCUCACGGGAGUUUCUAGAACUUCUAGCACGAAGGAAGAAGGAGGGAGAUGUGGUGGGCUUGGUGCUGGUAGAUGCUAAUCAGGAACGCACUUUGCAGGUUCUGGAUUGGCAGGAUGGGAAUCUGUGGGCUGUAGCGAAGGACCUGGAUUGGUAUGAAGCUACGGGGUUGAACAGAGAGAACAAGUUGACCGAGGAGGAAUGGGAGGCAUAUGUAAAGGAUGAGGCAAGUUCGAGACAUCAGUUGCAGGCACAGAAGGAGCAGGCUGAGUACAGGGCCAGUUUUGACGUCCUGGCAGCAAAAGCCCAACGGGAUAGGAACCCGCCGCUGAUGGGCGAUAAUCCGGUAUGUGUUGUGAUGGGGAGAAAUAGGAACGAUUACGAGAGGCUGUAUAAAGCGGGUGUCGAGAAGGGAAAUGGGACGGAAGAGGAGAGGGAGGUGUUUAGAGAGUUUUUGAGAACUUGGGAUGAGAAAGAUGAAGGGCUUCAGAGAGAGCACUUGAAGCUCUCUACCAAUGGGAAAAUGGUAAUUGCUGAGGAGAGUGGGCAUAAUGUUCACUUGACGCAGCCGGAUAUUAUUGUCGAUGCAGUGAAAUGGGUCCUAGGGGAAUAUCUCUCUCGAGACAAAUAA